AUGACUGCCGCCACCGCAAACGAAAAGCCUCUUCAACAACUGGACAACAACCUAUCAAGCUCGAUUCCCGACAGCAACAGCACCGAAAGCCACGAUGAUGCGGCACAGCACGACGCGUCCGACCCGGGGCCUCCUCCGGACGGAGGCUUCCAGGCGUGGUCUCAAACUGUCGUCGCUCAUCUGGUCAUGUUCAACUCUUGGGGAUACAUCAAUUCCUUCGGGUUCUUCCAGUCUUACUACGUCUCUGCGCUAGAAGUUUCCCCCUCCGCAAUCUCAUGGGUCGGCUCAGUUCAAAUUUUCCUCAUCUUUUUCGUCGGCACCUUCUCAGGGCGCGCAACCGACGCUGGGCACUACCGAAAGGUGCUAGUGGCCGGACUCUUCCUUCAACUUCUUGGAGUGUUCAUGACGUCGUUGUCGACAAAGUACUGGCAGUUAUUUCUCGCCCAAGGAAUCUGUACAGGGCUUGGCGAUGGACUGACGUUUUGCCCGACGAUUGCGCUUCUAGCGACGUAUUUCGUCAAGAGACGAUCGAUGGCUAUUGCCAUAAACGCCUCGGGUGCCGGCAGUGGCGGAAUAUUCUUCCCUCUGAUUGCCCAACAAUUACUACCUAAAAUUGGAUUUGGCUGGACGGUCAGGGUCAUGGGAUUCGUGAUGCUGUUCAACACAGUCAUCAUUCUCGCUUUGGCUAGAACGAGACUGCCUCCAAGGAAAUUGGGACCAAUCGUUGAAUGGUCAAGUUUCAAAGAACUUCCUUAUGCAUUAUUUUGCGUUGGGAUGUUUCUCAGCUUCUGGGCAAUCUUCUUCGCGUUCUACUACGUCCCGACGUACGGCCGAACGGUGAUUGGUGUCUCCUCCACGACCUCGUUAACGCUUCUGCUUGUUAUGAAUGCAGUUGGUAUACCAGCACGUAUCCUUCUAGCUGUGCUGUCGGACAAGUUUAUUGGUCCAAUGAGAACGUUGAUUUUGACCACGUUUUUCUCGGGACUCCUACUCUAUUGCUGGGUUUCAGUCAACUCAGAGGGCCGACUAUUUGCGUUCUGCAUCAUCUAUGGAUCUUUCGCUGGAGGGGUUCAGAGUGUUUUUCCAGCGGCCUGCUCCGGGUUGACAACGGACUUGAAGAAAAUGGGUAUGAGAACAGGAAUGGUAUUCACUGUCGUUUCCGUCGCUUGUCUGACAGGUCCUCCCCUGGCUGGUGCACUCAUUGAGAGGGGCAAUGGCGACUUCCUGUACGCGCAAGUCUUUGGGGGAUCUGCUCUCAUGGGAGGGACUUUGGUUCUGCUCGCGGUUGCAAUCUCAAAUGGCGCCAUCUCUUUGCCUCACUUGCGCAAGUAG